UUAAAACUUUGAACUUUUAGUCAAUAGCUUUCUCUCUGUCUGUCUGGGGUUGUGACACUGGGGUCUCUCAGGGGCAGAGCUGGAGUCGUGGACUCCAGCGUCCCGAGGAGUGAAGAGAGCAGGGGCCUCGAACCUGUUGGUCUAGAAAAGGAGGCAGCUCCAGCCUGGCUUUCUGGGUCUGAGGGAGGAGGGGUCUGGGGCCAAACUUCCAGGCUUCUGCCCUUCCUGGCAACGCCCCCCCCAGGGCCGGGCUUCCAGGAUCCAACCCCUAUUUAUGGGCUGACUCCACGGCCUCAACCCUGACUCUGGAGGUGGAAAGAGGCACCGAGCGAGUGACAGCGAGAGAAGGACAGAGCAGAAUGGCCACGGGAACGCGCUAUGCCGGGAAGGUGGUGGUCGUGACAGGGGGCGGGCGCGGCAUCGGAGCCGGGAUUGUGAGAGCCUUCGUGCAAAGCGGGGCUCAAGUGGUCAUCUGUGACAAAGAUGAGUCUGGGGGCCGGGCCCUGGAGCAAGAGCUUGCUGGAACUCUCUUUCUUCCAUGUGAUGUGACUCAGGAGGAAGAUAUGAGGGACCUCAUUUCUGAGACCAUCCGCCGAUUUGGCCGCCUGGAUUGUGUGGUCAACAACGCUGGCUACCAUCCGCCUCCACAGUGGCCCGAGGAGACCUCUGCCCAGGGCUUCCGGCAGCUGCUAGAGGUGAACCUGCUGGGGAUGUACACCCUGACCAAGCUUGCCCUCCCCCACCUGCGGAAGAGCCAGGGGAACAUCAUCAACAUCUCCAGUCUGGUCGGGGCCAUUGGCCAGGUCCAGGCAGUUCCCUAUGUGGCCACCAAGGGGGCGGUAACAGCCAUGACCAAAGCCUUGGCCCUGGAUGAGAGUCAAUAUGGCGUCCGGGUCAACUGUAUCUCCCCGGGAAACAUCUGGACCCCACUGUGGGAGGAGCUGGCCGCCGCCACGCCUGACCCCACAGCCACAAUCCGAGAAGGCAUACUGGCCCAGCCCCUGGGUCGCAUGGGCCAGCCAGCCGACGUGGGAGCGGCAGCCGUGUUCCUGGCCUCUGAGGCCAACUUCUGCACUGGGACUGAGCUGUUUGUGACCGGGGGUGCAGAGCUGGGGUACGGGUGCAAGGCCAUUCCCGGCACCCCCUUGGAGCCCCCCACCAACCCUUCCUGAUUUCUCACGUUUCCACUUGGGCCUUCCUAACUAGGACUCCCAAAUUUCAGCCUCGACCCACCUGCUUCUUAGAUUGCACACCCCAACUCUAGACAUUAAGUCCACUAACCAACGUGCCAAACCACCCCCCGCAGGUUCCCAUAAAAGUAGUUUGCAGCCAGAAGGAA